CUGUGGUGGGAGGGUGACAGGGCCAAGCCACAACCCUUCAUUAUCAGACAUUUGGACUAGAGGAAGCUUCCACACCUCUCCCAUGCUUCCCUUCUCUCCUCCUUUGCUUUGCAGGAUAAGAAAGGAGAUGGAGGCAAGGAUAGGGGAGCCCUGGGCACUAGCUACAGGAAAGUAAAAGCCUGGUUGCAGCUUCUUCUUGCCUGCAUUCCCUUUGUUGUGUCCUUGCCUGCCCUUGAAGUUGGUCUGUGCGUGCCCACUCAAGACCUGGUGCUGGGGACCUAAGAGAGGGCCAGCAGGCCUUGCCAUUGCCCAUGGGAGGAGGGCAAGGAGAGCCUUGGCAGAGGAGGGCACUACCCCAACUCUGCCAGUAGAGGGAUCCCACCGCCCCAGGAUGGCCUUGCUCCUUUUAUGUUUUGCAAAAGGAUGCUGUCGCCAUUAAAUGUGGCCACAAGGGGGUGGCACUGCCAUGACCUCCACUUCACUGUCAGAGCCUAAGUUGUAGAGAUAAACCCCUAGGGUUAGGCUGCAAAGAGGGUCCAGGUGGAAGGCAAAGUCCAGUCAUAGUGAUUUGAGUCCCCUUCCGGAGAUUCACAAAUGGUAAAAUAUGGCGUGAAAAUCACUGCCUGGCUCAAAAAUCAGGAGCUAGGGUUCUGGUCCUGACUUACCUCUAACUUGCCGUUUGUCUGUGUGGAAGCUCCUUGGACUUCGUGUUCAUUUUUCAGAUGCACCGUUCACUGCACCUACAACCCCAUCCAGUGGCAUUCAUCUGUCCAUCUGUCUGUUGUAGGGCUCUGAUGAGGCCAUGGGUGUGAGAGUCCUUUCAGUCUUUUGAGGCCAAUGAGUGUGAGGUCACUAAAUCUUUGGGGAGAUGGGUGAGGGGAGGUUCUCUGGCCAUCCAGGAGUGAGGAGCUGACAGGUACUAAUGUGAGAAAUGCUGCUGGUUUGAGGUCAGAGUUGAGAGCAGCAGUUCCUGCACUUGGUUUAGGCCAAGGUAGGGGACAAGAUGAGAGUGGGGGUGAAGGAGGGCUGUUUUUGUCCCCAUCUGCUUUCCUUGCCUGGAAUGGCAGAGACAAUUUCCAGAGGAAGAGAGCACAACAGGAUGGGGAACCUCCCUUGUCCAAAGGCUACACCUGUUAGAGAAGCAGGUGGGGAGAGUCUUGGGCAGGUGAUAGCAAACAGCAGAAGCAUGAAUAACUGGAGAUUUCCAAACUGAGGCUUAGUGCAGUAGCAAGCACUUGUUGGACACUUGGCUCACCAAGCUGCCUUGGGGCCUCAGACCUCAUGCCUUAGACCUUACAAACAGAUAUAUUUAGGUCUCUGAUUCAUACAUGUGUGUACACACAGUUUCUCACUAUCCUUAGACAAAUGUCCACACGUGCGCAAAGUUAGAGGCCCCACAGUCAGCUGAGCACACUCCUUUACUGAGACUCGCGGUCCUGACUUAGAUCUUAUUAGCUGUAAGGCCUUGGGCAAGAUAACCUCUUGGAUCCUUAGUUUUCUCCUCUGAAAAAUGAGGAUCAUACUAUUUAUGUCAUAGAAGUCACUGUCGUCCAGUAGAGAGAAUAGUGACAGCUGCCCUGGGGACACUCAAGCAAAUCCCUUGUAUUUACCCCACAUGGGACUGUCAGUAUAACAGAAAAGCCCAGGAUGAAAUGAGACAUCCUUGCUGUCCACUAUGUUGCACUGGGCUCCAUGAAGGAGAAUACACAUUUAUUGAGUUAAACUUAUUUGUUAGGAGGCAAGGGAGAGGCAGUCCUAAAAAAGUACCCAGCCUGUGGCCCCGCAGCCCUGCUCAUCACAGCAGUAUUGUCCAAGGAAAGCAGGACCUGAGCCUCCCUGCUUUAGCUUAUUCCCCGGUCCUGGGAGAGCAAAGCCUUCCCAGGAUAGGAAAGGUGGGGAUCAUGUUUUCCCCAUCAAGUUGCAUUCAUCUGUCCAUCUGUGUAUCAGUUCAUCCAUACAUCCAUGUAAUCAGUAAAAACCAAGUGCCUACUGUGAGGCAGUAUUGUAUUAAAUGCUAGCAGCAGAAACAAAGAAUUAUGAAAUGAAACCCCUGACAUUUAUAUAUGUAUGGUCUGGUAAAUAGUAUGCUGCAUAGAUUUUGGGAACCAAGAGACCCAGAUUCAAAUCCCUGUUCUAUCAUUGACUAGUGCAUGGCCAUGUGACAAAUCACUUAGCAUAUAUUCUCCCUAGCAUUCUCUUCUGUAAAAUGGGGCUAAUAAUGCCUACAUUUCAAGAUUUCUAAGGGGAUUACAUGAGGUAACAGGUAAAGCACUGAGCCUGAGUUAGAUGCUGAUGAAAUAGGUUCCACCCUAGGUCCUCUAAAAGCAUGCCUGGAGUUAGAAGAUGAUGGUGUUGAGAACAUUCUAGGGGGUACAGUAGUUCUCACUGCAGUGAGAUCACUAUUCACUUGGUCAUAUUUCCUCUCAAUCCAGGACUCUUCCCAGUAUGGAAACAGUCCAGUCUUAGCUAGAAUUUCUAGGAUUCCUUCUUUUUGCAAAGACAGGGUUUCUGGCCUCCAGAAUUUUCCAGUUGGUCUGAAUACCCAGGGGAAAAGGAUGGCUCAAAGCUCAGCCAACGAGACUCAGACCAGAGGCAUCCAGGUAAGGGCAGGAGGAAUGAGGCAGAGAGGGCUUUCUCUUUGAGGGAAAAAAAAUCAAGCUCCAUUCCCUGGGGAGAGAGGGAAAGAGAGUCAGGCUAGGCAAGAGGGUGAGUUUGGAGCAGCUGGAUAUUUUGUUUUCUAAUAACUGUAACUAGGUAGUCUCCUGGACUCCAGUAACCCCUUUGCAAUAAACUCUAUGAGCAAUACAUUUUGGACCCAAUAUUCAGAGACAGGGCAGGCUCAGCAAUGCAGAUGGCACCGUGACAGCCGGGCAUGGGGGUAACACAAGUGUGGAUUCUGGCUAGACGGGGUGGGUCCUCCUCUGCCAGAGCCAACCUUCAGCCUGACUUCUAGUAUCACAAAGGCAAAGGGCCUGAGAACUUAGACUCACUCUAGCUUUCUUUUGAUGAGGGACCUCACAGAAGAGGCUGAGAGGGGCUGGAGGGAUGCUGAGUAGGGGUGCUGGAUGGAAAAUUACAGACCAAGAUUCUCACUUCACACCCCUCUGCUGCUGGGAAGUUCUAAAAGACAAAGAGGAAGCACAUGUAAAGGGAAAUUUCCCCUUCUCCCCACAACUUCCCCUCCCCCCACACCACCUGUAGCUGAAGAAACAGCUUUGUCUAGAAGAAGGCAUUGUCCCUUCUGAAUGAAGGGCCAUGGGACAGUCUUGUCCCCAGUGCCUUGAGUGCAUGCUCAAGAGAGGUGACUGAGGGCCUCAUUCUGGAGAUGCUCACUGGGCAUGCAGCACAGGGCACAUACUCCACACAGGCCCUUCAGCACGGCCGGCUGCCAGGCUACUCCAGAGAAAUCCUAUCUGUGUACAUCAGUGCCAAGAGGUGCUGCUUAGGACCAGACCCUCCACGUUCCGAGCCCCUGCUUCCAGAGGCAUCAUAAGGAACACCAACAGCUUCCCUUGAGCUCUUGGGCUAGCCUAGGCAAUGACCAACUUGUCUGUAAUAAUCCCUGCAAACUAUGGAUCAUUAACUUUUCCAGUGUGGGAAACUGAGGCUCGGCUCCUCACCUCCCCGACCAGACUGGUAGGUGCUAGAGGAGAGGAGGAAAGCCAGACCUGUCUGGCUGCAGACCGGAGUCCUCUCUGCAUCAUGGACCUUGAGAUACACACGCUCUGGGUGCUUUCUCUAGGAAAAUCCCAAGGAGAAGGUAGUGGUUCUAGAGCUCUGCCUGGAAGCCACAGAGGGCAGGUACUUGGUGGAAAACUCCAGUGUGUGAUUCACCCUCCUCCCGUGCCCUCAUCAGGGAGGCCAACUCCCCUCCCGAGUUUUCAGUCUUCAGCCUGGGAGUUGGUGGCUUCCAUCUGCUGCUCUGGUAAGAGAGGACUGUCCCUCGCCUAAGAAGGGGACGGUACUGUGGUGGGGGGCAGAGGGAGAAAGGGAAGGGGCAAAGAACAAGAGGGGAGAUGAGGGCAGGAUGUGAAGGUCUGAGCCCCUUCCCCUGCUCAGCCCAGCUACGGAGGGGACAGGACGUCUUGGGACAGUGCCACUGGGAGGGCAAAGGCCAGGAGGGAGGGGGCUACAGCGCGAGUGUCAUGGGUUGGGGGCAGGGACAGAGGGCUUGGCUUCCUGAGGUUGGAUGUUGUAAUCCUGAUUCGUAGACUUUUGGCUCCAAUCCCUCCUGUUACUUGUGGUAUUUCUGUCCCUUCACUUCCCAAUACUCUGUCUCUCUUUGUCUCACACACACACAGAGAGAGAGUGGCUUUCUGCCUGGUAGUCCCAGGACAACUUGGAUGGGAGUCCGUGCUGGGAGGAACAGGAGUGAAGGUGGAGAACAUUCCCCUUUCAGGUCCCUGGAAUGACCCGUGUAUGGAGCUGAGCUGACUGCAGGGCACUGAGGAGGAUUUAAAGUUCAGAGAGGAAGUGUGAGUUGACUAAGGUCAACACCACAAGACCCAGCUCCACCACUUAUUGUCUUGACUUUGCCUCUCUGACAUCUUGCUCCAUCCCACGGGGACUCCCAACUCACUAUCUGGCUAUGGACAAAAAAGUGGCAGUCCCUGAGGACGGGCCUCCUAUGGUCUCCUGGGUCCCGGAGGAGGGAGAGACGUCGGACCAGGAAGGCGAGGACCAGGUGAAGGAUCGGGGCCAAUGGAACAACAAGAUGGAGUUUGUGCUGUCAGUGGCCGGGGAGAUCAUUGGGCUAGGCAAUGUCUGGAGGUUUCCCUAUCUCUGCUACAAAAAUGGAGGUGGGGCCUUCUUUGUUCCCUACUUCAUCUUCUUCUUCAGCUGCGGAGUCCCAGUGUUCUUCCUAGAGGUGGCCCUGGGCCAGUACACCAGCCAAGGCAGCAUCACUGCCUGGAGGAAGAUCUGUCCCCUCUUCCAGGGCAUUGGACUGGCAUCUGUGGUCAUCGAGUCCUAUUUGAAUAUCUACUACAUCAUCAUCCUUGCUUGGGCCCUCUUCUACCUGUUCAGCUCCUUCACCUCUGAGCUACCCUGGACAACCUGCACCAAUUACUGGAACACAGAGCAUUGCAUGGACUUUCUGAACCACUCUGGAGCCAGCAAAGUGACCCAUUCUGUGAACUUCACCUCACCUGUCAUGGAAUUCUGGGAGAGACGGGUUCUGGGCAUCACCUCGGGCAUCCAUGACCUCGGGACCCUGCGCUGGGAGUUGGCCCUAUGCCUCUUGCUUGCCUGGAUCGUCUGCUACUUCUGCAUCUGGAAGGGGGUCAAGUCCACGGGCAAGGUUGUUUAUUUCACAGCCACUUUUCCCUACCUGAUGCUGGUCAUCCUCCUGAUCCGAGGCGUUACCCUCCCUGGAGCCUAUGAGGGCAUCAUCUACUACCUGAGACCAGACCUGCUCCGCCUCAAGGACCCCCAGGUGUGGAUGGACGCAGGCACCCAGAUCUUCUUCUCCUUUGCCAUCUGCCAGGGCUGCCUCACGGCCCUGGGCAGCUACAACAAGUAUCACAACAACUGCUACAAGGACUCCAUCGCCCUCUGCUUCCUCAACAGUGCCACCAGCUUUGUGGCGGGGUUUGUCGUCUUCUCCAUCUUGGGCUUCAUGUCCCAAGAGCAGGGGGUGCCCAUUUCUGAAGUGGCCGAGUCAGGUCCCGGUCUGGCCUUCAUCGCAUUCCCCAAAGCUGUGACUAUGAUGCCCUUGUCCCCGCUGUGGUCCUGCCUUUUCUUCGUCAUGCUCAUAUUCCUGGGGCUGGACAGCCAGUUUGUCUGUUUGGAGUGCCUGGUGACAGCCUCCAUGGACAUGUUCCCCAGGCAGCUUCGAAAGAGCAGGCGGCGCGAGCUGCUGAUCCUCACCUUUGCUGUGGUGUGCUACCUGUUAGGGCUCCUGAUGGUCACCGAGGGCGGGAUGUAUAUCUUCCAGCUGUUUGACUACUAUGCCUCCAGUGGCAUAUGCUUGCUCUUCCUCUCCGUGUUUGAAGUGAUCUGCAUCAGCUGGGUGUACGGGGCGGACCGUUUCUAUGACAACAUUGAGGACAUGAUUGGCUACCGGCCUUGGCCACUGGUGAAGAUCUCCUGGCUCUUCCUGACCCCGGGGCUUUGCCUGGCCACUUUUGUCUUCUCCUUGACCAAGUACACGCCUCUCAAAUACAACAAUGUCUACGUGUACCCUCCCUGGGGGUACUCCAUCGGCUGGUUCCUGGCUUUCUCCUCCAUGGCCUGUGUCCCACUCUUCAUUGUCAUCACCCUCCUGAGAACCCAAGGUUCCUUCAAGAAGCGCCUGCGACAGCUCGUCACCCCCGACUCCAGCCUGCCACAGCCCAAGCAGCACCCACAUCCUGACGGAGGCACCAACGGGGGCUGCAGGCUCCCCCUCACAAAAGAAGGGCUGAUUGCUGGGGAGAAGGAGACCCCCUUGUAGGAAGUGUCCACCCUCCGCCCUGAGGGAACAGCCCUCUCCUCUGACCCCUGCCGCAGUCCUGCUGAGAACCUCAGAGGGAACCCUGGGCACCUGCACCCGGAGGCCACCCACUGUCCUCCUGGCAGUGCUCCACGUGGCUGUAUCUGUCAUCUACUUCUGACCCAACCCGCUGACUUCACGGAUGAGGAGACUGAAGACCAGAGGCAAAGUGACUUUCAAGUUCGUUUGGCUUCUUAGAGCCAGAGUCAUGACUCAGACCUGGUGUCCGUGUGCUCAGGCCCGUGUCCCUCCCUCCAUGCCUUAAUUAACAACCACGUGUGGACCACCUUC